CAGUAAACAGGAACCCGUCUUCGUUUCCUCCUGGAGCACCCGGACGGUAGACGGUGGAUGGUGGGCGUCUCUUAUCUGACCCGGUUGUGGGGCUUAUCUUUGGUUCCUGGAACUUUUUUUUUGAAUUGUCUGCCUCCACUAUGUAGGAGCCAGGCGGCACGUUUGAACUGACUGUCUGACUGACGAUUGCACGCCCGCCGUUGCAGCCAUCAUUCACUCCAGCCUAUCAUUCACUCAAGAUGGCAUCGAGCUCGACAAUUGAUGUGGCCAAGGCCGCAAGCAAAAGAAAGCUAGAAGCCGACGAACAGACCAGAAGCAAACGGGCAAAGCGAGACAAACGAAAGCCCAAGGACAAAGAAGCUCUUGUCUCCCUCAAGGAACUCGAUGGCGAAAGCUUCCCCGUCGCCGAACCCGUGACUCAAAAUGCCGCCAAUACAGACUCACCCCUCGUCGAGACCAGACCGCAACAAGUGAAGCAUGACCAGCAGAAGACCAACAAGUCGCCAAAUAAGAAGGACCCUUCUCAGUGGAAGCUCUCUCAACCUACGGGAGGGCGCAUGCUGGACGUCGAUCCCAUCUUGACCAGCGAUGACCAGUAUUUGAUCAUAGCAUACACCAACUCGGUCCAGGUUUAUUCUGCCGCAGACUCUCUCUUGUUCCGGAGGAUCGCCCUCGACUUGUCCGCCAAGGUGAACGAACGCGUUGUCGCCAUUGCACGCUCGCCUACUUCCCCAAACCUCCUGUGGAUUGCUUCCUCGACUGGUCGCAUAUGGCAAGGCGAUUGGAUGACCGGCACCGGCUUCGACAAGCACAUACAGCUCGACUGCAUCGUCCUUACCGAUCUGACCAUUCAGCCCAUGUCCAUGAAGAAUCGUACAUUCGAUGUCCCCUUCGUAUCCCUUCUCGUCAAUGACACCUGGCAAAUCACGGCCUGCUACGUCCAAGACGUGACACUGAAGAACAAAAAGAUCCUUCUAUCUCGCGGCGAAAUCAUCGAAAACCUCAAGUCCAUGAACAAUGGACAGGCUCUAGCUGCGACUUCCCGGAACAACAUCAUUUUUGGAGCAGUCAAGUCAACAGACCUCCAGUCCAUCAAAGAGCUGGCAUACGAAUUCUUCGUCCUUGACUGUCCCGAUGAAAUCACUUGCCUCGAUCUUCGGGUCGCUGAGCGUAUUCACUUGAACCGCAAGUCGCAAAAGCAGAUCGGCGACGAGCCCGUUCUUGAGGUCGUAGUUGGAUGUGCUCGCGGAGCAAUCUACUUCUAUAACGAUCUGUUGCCGCAGCUCAGGUAUCUUCAGAAAGUCGGGGCUCGAGGCGCCACCCUUCAACCUCGAAAAUAUCAUUGGCAUCGCAGAGCCGUCCAUGCCGUGAAAUGGUCACAAGAUGGAAAUUACAUCAUUUCGGGAGGCUCUGAGUCUGUCUUGGUGCAAUGGCAGCUAGAUACUCAGAAGAUCGACGUUCUCCCGCAUCUGACUGCUACCAUUGAGAACAUCGUCAUUUCCGAUCGCGGUUCGAGUUACAUUGUUCACUUGGAUGACAAUUCCACCAUGGUUAUGACGACUGCAGAGAUGAAACCUAUUACUUAUAUCGCCGGUAUUCAGUCUCUGGUUACACCCAAGCCACCAUCUAAAGACAAUUUCGUCAAACGGAUUGGGCAUGUCGAAGAUCAAGGAACCAUCUCCAGGAUACCCGCAGUCAUCAACCCGAAGGACAGAACACGACUGUUGUUGUGCGUCAGCAAUUCACAGCAGGGCAGCGCUCCUGGAGCUACCUCACCCAUGCCACUUCUGCAGACCUUGGAUCUAAGUACUACUCAAGGCCUUGCGAAGCAGGCCAUGACCCGGACGCACCCAACCGAUGUGAAUACAACAUCAAAAGGUUAUCCUAUCACGGAACCGCGCGUUGCUCAUAUGGCGUACACACAUGAUGCCAAAUGGCUUGCAACAGUAGACGAGUGGCAACCGCCGUCGAGGGAUACCGAAGUGCUGGACGGGCCAUCUUCGGAGAGAUUGGAAGUCUUCCUGAAGUUUUGGGCCACCCAGCCAGACGGCCAAGCCUUGGAACUAGUAUCCCGUAUCAACGCCCCACACUACACGGGGCGAGAUGAGCGUGUGUUGGAUCUAGCAGCAGAUUCAACGUCUCACACAUUCGCCACAAUCGGUGAGGAUGGGGUGCUGAGGUUAUGGAGACCUGCUGUCCGCCAACGAGAUGGUAUCAUUGUGAAAAGCAGAACGGGUCGAGAGAUGGAGAGUUGGGUUUGUGCCAGCACCGUUCAUCUACAGGAGAACAAGGCGCUUGCCGACCCGAGUGUAGCAUCAUCCAAGUCCACAAUACAGCGUAGCGGUGCUGUAUCGUUUUCCGAGGAUGGUUCUAUGAUAGCCUGUGCUUUCCAAAACGGUGCCGAGUCCGCAGUCUAUCUUGUGGAUGUUGAAUCUGGGACAGUGGUUGACUCCCUUGAUGGCUUGAUCCAUGGCCAGAUCCAGAGUAUUCGCGUUCUGGCUUCACAGCUUGUCGUUCUGUCCCAAGAUCUUGUUGUCUAUGACAUCGUCCAGGAUGAGCUGAGCUACGGUAUUCAACUUAGCUCGGAUCCAGCAGUUCAGGUUUUGGCACAGCUCGAAGUCGACUACCCGUCUCGCACCUUUGCUGUGGCAAUCUCACGCCCCAACAGGCUGGGUGCAUUCAAGUCGGAGGUCGCUGUCUUCAACGCCAAUCAAUCCGAGCCCGAGUCUGUUUACCAGCUAGCAUCUCCCGUGGUUUCCCUAGUCACAACACCCAGUUCGAGUGGGUAUCUAGUUGUGGACUCCUCGGCGCAAGUCAGCUCUAUUACGCAGAGCACAGACACAAACUCGGUCGCCGUGGCUCAGUCGCUUACGGAUAUUCAUCUCGACAAGUCAGAUGCUGCCAAGACCGAGCAGACAAAUCUCCUUGCUGUAGUGAACGAAAAUCAAGAUGGCGUUAGCGAUGACGAAAUGGAUAUCGAUAUGGCCGAUGAUGCCAUGGAAGACGACGACAUUUACCCGGUGGUGGUCGCGCCCCAGAAACUUGCAGAACUAUUUGAUGCGGCACCGCCAUUCGCCAUGCCUCCGAUCGAGGACAUGUUCUAUCGGGUUACUAAGUUGUUCUCAUCCAAGCCUACUGCGCCUUAAGCCUUCCGACCAUUUACCGUAUUUGACUUUCAAUACAAA